UACCCUAAACUUGUUUUCUGAUGAAAACUAUAAUUAAAAAUUUAUGUUUUGAUACCUAAAAUUCUUAAUUAUAACACUUUAGUAAAUCUUCAUAUUGGUCCAAUAUUUAGAUGCCACUUGGACUCACGAUCCAGUCCAACAAUCAAUUUGAUCCAAUCCAUGAAUCCACCAAUUCAUUUGAACCAUAUGCAUGAAUACAAUCCAUUUUCCACCUCUAUGUAUAGGUUAAAUUGAGGGGAAACUCAAGUCCAUAUAUAUUUCUUGGUGGAGAAGUCUAUACAUGUCUUUGUUAGGUUGUUUAUCUCGACACAUUGGAGCUUUCACUGAUACCAAAUUGAAUUUGUGUUCAAUUUCCAGGCAGGGGGCUAUAAUAGAUCAAGUUCUUUCUGAGGUUGAAUUACAUUUGAGGAGUAUUUACACGUUAAUGACAGAUGAGUUGGUGGGUAUUGAUACUCAUGUGAAAGAAGUGAUGAAACUUCUGAAUUUAGAUGCGGACAAUCCUAAAGUCGUUGGCAUUCACGGAAUGGGUGGUAUAGGCAAAACCACGUUAUCUAAAGCGGUCUAUAAUAAGAUUUCUAUACAAUUUGAUCGUUGUUGUUUUUUGGAAAAUGUACGAGACACAUUAACAAGAAGUGACGGAGCUAUAUCUUUGCAAAACAAGCUUAUCUCUAGCAUUUUAAGACAUGAUUAUCUGGUUAAAGAUGCUAGUGAAGGAAACAAAAUGAUAAGAGAGAGAGUUUGCAAGCAUAAAGUUCUUGUUGUUCUUGAUGAUGUAGAUGAUAGGUUUGAAUUUGAUCAAAUUUUAGGGAAAAUAGGGGAUUUUUCUUUAGAUAGUAGAUUUAUUAUCACAACUAGGGACAAGAGAGUUUUUGAUUUUUUCAUAGGAUGUCAAUUGUAUGAAAUUGGAGAAAUGAGCCCUCAUUAUUCCCUCCAACUUUUUACCAAACAUGCUUUCGGAAGGGAUCAUCCACCGGAAGACUAUGCAACACUGACUGCAGAAAUCGUAAAAGUUGCAGCUGGGCUUCCUUUGGCUCUUAAAGUUAUAGGGUCACUUUUAUUUCGUAGAGAGAGUAAGUUUUGGGAAGAAACGUUGAUACAGUUACAACACAUACCUUCUACUGGAGAUAGGGUGCAGGAGCGGCUGAAGAUAAGUUACAAUGACUUGAGUUACAAUGAAAAGCAAAUAUUUCUUGAUAUUGCUUGUUGUUUUAUUGGAAGGAACAAAGAGUUGCCUUGCCACAUGUGGAGUAGUUGCAGCUUUAGUCCAGAGAGUGGGAUUAACACUCUUAUUCUAAGAUCCUUGAUGAAACUUGAUGACAAAAAUCAAUUCUGGAUGCAUGAUCAUGUUCGAGAUCUUGGAAGAGCUAUUGUGAGAGAGGAGGAUGUUAGAAAUCCAUACAAAUGUAGCCGGAUAUGGUCCAACGAAGUUGCGUUGGACUUGUUAAGAAACAAAAAGGGAAAUGACCGAGUGGAAGUUCUUAUGUUGGAUAUGUAUCAGAAAGACGGCGUGUUUACGGAUCAGAAUUUCAAGAAGUUGUCUGGUUUAAGGUAUCUUGAAGUGACCCUAGGAAGAUUGACAGGCGAUUUCAGCAAGAUUCUUCCAAAUAUGCGCUGGCUUCGAAUGUAUGGAUGCAGAUCGAUCCCCACUAAUUUCAACAUGAGGAAAUUAGUCGUUCUUGAUUUGGGGCACUGUGAUCUGAAAGACAGCAAGAAGGGCUGGGAGGGACUGCGGGAAGCACACCAGCUCAAAGUCAUAGACAUGGAGUCAUGCACUCAGCUGAAAAGAGCUCCCAACUUGUCCCAAUGCCGCAGCCUGGAGUCGAUCAACUUCAACUACUGUUUUGGAAUGAAAGGAGCACUGCACAUUGGCAACAAUCUACAAAACCUGAAGACCCUCAAAUUUCGCGAGACAGAGAUAACGAAGCUAACGGGCGACAUCGAGACGCUCCAGUGCCUCGAGGAGAUUGUUGCGUCGAGAGAAGUUACCGACAAGUUCGUCGAACUACUUCCCAGGCUCCCGACGAGCUUGAAGAGGUUGUCGAUUUCGAUCCGAUGGGGCGGGAUUCCGAACCUGGCGGAGCUCGAGGACUUGGAGUACCUGAGCUUGAUCAACUGCCACCAGCUUCUUCUUCGAGUAGAUAAUAACAUGUGGAAGCUACCGAACUUGAAGGAAUUGAAGCUUUUCCACUGCUCGUGGUAUCCAAUGCUGCGGAUGGGAACCCUGCCAUCGUCUCUAACCCACCUGUCCGUCCUGCUCUGCGGCUCAUUUUUGAGUCUCCCCUGCCUAGCGAAUCUGAACAAUCUGGCGCACCUCGCGCUCACGGAGUUCGAGGAGCCCGAGAUUCGGGGCCUGGGGGAGCUGAGAGCACUGGAGAGCGUGGAGAUCAAUGACGCCCCGAACCUGACCGGGCUCGACGGGCUCGAGAAUCUGCUCCACCUGGAGGAACUCGUCGUGCGCAAUUGCGGCGCGCUGGAGAGAAUCCCCAAUCUGGCGAACCUGAUCAAGCUGCGGAAGCUGAUAACAAUCAAUUGCAGGAAGUUGAAGUUGGAGGAGGUUACAGGGUUGGAAGGAUUGGUUUCACUGGAAGAGCUGGAGCUGUCAGGUUCCUCGUCGAUUCGAAAGCUGCCGUCGGCCCUGUCCGAGCUCAGGAAGCUCAAGUCCCUGAAUGUUGGCCUCUGCCCCAACUUGACUGACGCCACAGUGGCGGGAAAACUGGAAUCGCUGGGGGAGCUGCAACUGUGGCAAUGCAGCUCGAUUCGGGAGCUGCCGAAUCUAUCCGGCCUCAAGAGGAACCUGAAUCGUCUGAAGAUCUCGGAAUGCACGGAGCUGACCGGGGUCACGGGUAUCGGGAGCCUGGAGAAUCUCAAGGUUUUGUGCGUGUCCGGUUUAAGGAUGGUGAGGGAGUUUGAAGAUCUUUCCGGUCUGGAGAACUUGGUGGAACUGGACGUCUCGGGAUGCACGGAGCUGACCCGGGUCGCGGGGAUCGAGAGAAUGGAGAGGUUGGAGAAGCUGUACAUGGGGGAUUGCAGGUCGUUAACGGAGCUGGUCGAACUAUCGGGGCUGAAGAAACUGGUUAUACUGAACAUCGGUGGAUGCACAGAGCUGACUGCGGUCAGGGGGGUCGAGAAGUUAUCGUCAUUGACUCAUCUGCGAUUGUCUGGAUGCAAAUCGAUAAAUGGGUUGGGGAAUCUGUCCGGUCUGAAGAACUUGGAGAAUCUGGAUAUCAGGGGAUGCACGCAGAUCACUCAGGUAAAGGGUCUCGAGGAGCUGGAGAAGUUAGAGUGGCUGGAAUCGGACCUGAAAUUUCUACCCAAAUAUUAUUGGCUGAGAUACGGGAAGCGACUCGUGAAUCGUCUUCUCAGCUAGUGUUGAUCCAAUGUAAUGGGCUUCAUCGCUUGGUUUUCCCAAAAAGGGUUGCAGAGCUAGAUCGAAGGGAUCGACGAUGGAGCUACGUGUAAUCUAGAAGCGAGCAAGCGAGUAAGAGGAGAUUUGUAAUCUAACAGAUUUGUUGUAAUUGUUGCAAGGAAGAGCAGUCGAGCAGGUAGCUCAUCACUUGAUUAACAAAAACCUUUGUCGUUGGUUUGAUUAUUGUGGUUAUCGUUUGUGAAAAAAGAGCAGGUAAACUCUCUUCUAUUCUAUUACGUUUCGCCUAAUAUGCGUUAGUUAUUAUCUCCAGGUCAAUUGAAAGUCUAAUGUAAGUUUGUAGAAAGAAAUACACAUAAUAUAUGUAAUUCCCCGGAAUUCAUCUUGUUAGAUUAUAAAGGUUUUGUAGGAAUACCUGGAAUUGUGUCGAUCGAUCGCCCAAAACCUGUUGCGUAAUCUGAAAGACGAUCUGAAUCGGACAUUACUUCUUAGAACACGACCCGGGAGGUUCUGUGACAUUCCUCGACCAAGCCUCCUCAGUUCCUCUACCAGAGAUCUCUCAUCUUACUGAUAGGGAGAAGAGGAGAAUAGGUUUGGUCUUGUUGUAUUGGCGAGUGGGGAUCACAACCUCUAGAAUGGUCUUUGUAUACUAUUCCACCAAGAGCUCCCAUAAAAUCUCUUAGAGGUCGUUUGCUUGUGGGAUUCUAAAAAAUGAAGGAUUUGGGUAAAACCCUUGAUUUUGUGUUUGAAGGAUUAUGUGGGAUUUUUUCAUAUUGGAUUUGUGUUGGAUUUUAAAAAGUAUUUGUUUGCUUGUUGGAUUUCAUAUUGGAUUUGUGUACUUAGGAUUCAUUAGUUAAUGGUUGAAUUUACAAUUUUAUCCUUAAUUUGUUUUUGGCUUUUUAUGGGUAAAUUUGGUUAGUAUUAAACACCCCUCCUCCCUUUGUAUCAUUUGUUUCGGCCCCCAUCUCCUAGAGAAGAACACGGGUUGGUUAGUAUUCAACAUGCUUGUAUUCAAUUCAAUGAUUUUUCCUCGGAAGAUUGUGUUUUUGAGAUAGAGGAGUAUUAUUUCUCGUGGAGAAAAGAACAUCGUACAUACUAACUUGAAGGCAAGCGACUUAAAUGUCGGAGAUGAAGGCGAAAUGAGUAAGGUUAUUGCUUCACAAUAAAAAAUUAACAAGACUUAACAAUAGAUAAUAAGGACAACAUAGAAAUAAUAAAAAGUGAUUGAGGCUAGUUUUGUCAUUUACUCUUAUGGAUUUCUAGCCUACUACAAAAUCCCACCUAAAUAGGAAAGAUUUUAUAAUCUGUGGACCCCACGAAUUUUGGUCCCAAAAUAAUCUAACAUGCAUUGGUCCCACAACUCAUAAUCCAACACCACUUUAGUGCCAAACAUGGACUUUAAGCAUAAUCCUAUAAGUGUGGGAUUUUGGACCAAAAUCCUUGAUCAAAAUCCCAAGAGCAGUCAUUAGACUUCAUGAAUCGACCACUUAACCUAGCCCAUAAAAAACAAAUAGUCAAUAUAUGUAUUGAGAAUUUGUAGCACACUUAAGUUAGAAAAAAAAUUCCUAACAAUCUCCCACUUUGGUUAUCUAAUUUCCACAACAUCUAAUAUUACAAAUUUCUUUAGGCACGCAACCAUAUGAUAUUCAUACAACAAUUGCUCCUUAAAAAUCUAGUCCACCUCAUGUAUCAACAUGGAACCAAUGACGUUUUAAUCAUAAUAUGAUAAUGAUUAUACCACCAUGAUCACCACAUGAAUACAUUUAGUGACAUAGAUCAAAUAUGGAUGAGUGACAUAAAAAUUACAUGUAAUGGAAAAGGGUAAAAUUGUAAAGUGUAGAAUCAAAGCGUAAAAGCGUA